AUGAGUGGCAGGCGCGAGGUGCCUCCGCGUUCCGCCGUGGAAAUCCCGGCGCUGGGUCCAAUUAUGCAUUCAGCCCUCGGAGCGAGGCGGCGCUCCCUCCCCUCGGGCCCCGUGGGCGCGCCCGUGCGCAGCCUACCGAGAAUUGGCCGUUGCGUGACGCACGGUGCGCAGAGCAGGCCGCGGCAGAGGCUACCGAAAUGCCGUUAUAAA